AUGAAAAAAGCAUUUGAGAUACAGAAACAGGCUCGAGAUAAUGCAAAGACGUUCCAAACCUACAUCACAGACUUACAAAAUUGGGAGACCGAGAUGAAACGUAAAGAGGCCGCGCUUAACGGUGAUUUUGUGAAGGAUCUACCUCCAGUAAGGAGUAAGGCGAAGAGAGAAAGACCUUUGCAAGUAAAGAAAAAGAAUCAAAAAAGAAUCGCGUCAUCUGAUUACGGAGCGUGGGAUAAAUUUGAUGUUGACAAAGCAUGUGAGGAUAUAGAUAUGGCAGAAGUUGGACCUGUGUCCUUAGACAGCAAGAAAAGCCAAAAAGAUAAGCAGGAGAAAUUGCGGGAGGAGGCACUUUAUGAAAAAGAGAGAGGCAAUGGAUUUGUGAAGCAGGAGAAGUGGGAUGAAGCGAUAACAUGCUACAACAGGGCAAUAGAGUUAGUCAAAGAUGAAGCAAUAUAUUAUGCAAACAGAGGCUUGUGCCACCUUAAGAAAGAAAGUCUCCAUCAAGCAGAAACUGACUGUACAGAGGCGCUCAAGCUUGAUCCCACAUAUGUGAAAGCGUUUCAAAGGCGCGCUUCGGCCAGAGAGAGACUGGGAUCCCUCCGCGCUGCCACAAAUGAUUUAAAUGAGGUUCUUAAACUGGAACCUCAUAAUUUGGCAGCCAGAAGGCAGCUGGAAGCAAUAAAAGCGCGAAUGGGCACGAAAGGAACAAAGUCUAAAUCAUCACCAACAUCUACACCAAAUGUGGAAUCAAAGCAGUUUAAGGACAAUUUAAAGCACAAAGGACAGGCUAAAAUUGUGGAGUUGUCAGAUGAUCCGGCAAUAGCUAAGGAACGCACUCAGUUGGAAAAAUGGAAAUUUGGUGAAGGGGAGAAUAUAAAUGUCAUGAGACCUGUAAAGAAACCCCCGCAUUUGAGAUCAAAGAGGGCUUUGAAGUCAAUUACUAUUCAAGAGAUACCAUUAGGAAAAUCGUUACCAGAAAAGCCACCGACCCGCCUGAAAAUCAUUGAAGUAGAUGACGAUUUGGCUCAAGGUGACACAAACAGCAACGCAUCUAAUGCAAGCAGUGGUAAAAUGGAAGCUGAUCGCACCAGUCAAGUGAUAGGUGAGGGAGAUGCUAAAGUAACAAGCCCAGAAUCGUUGAAGUUGAUAGCUGAAGCGGAGGCAACAGAAAAAGUUAAUUUCGCUCAUGACAUCGUUCCGCCUGUGAAUAGUGUACAGUUUAUGGCGGAGUGGAAGUAUCUGAAAGGCCGCAGUGAAGCUAGGAGCAAUUAUUUAAGUAUUAUCGAGCCUAGCAAAAUUCCCUCAAUCUUUGAAAAUGCACUAGAGAGUGACGUGCUUUCGGAAAUACUUCAUAUUCUAGCUGAGGAUAUGGACAAAUUUGGAGGGAAAACCAUAACAGCAUACCUUAAGGGUUUAUGUAGAGUGAAGAGAUUCUCUGCUUUGGCUAUGUUCCUAUCAACUAGCGAUAAACAAUUAUUAAACAAACUGCUUGAGCGCUGCCAAACUGUGGAAAAGUGCAGCGAGGCUGACAUUGCUGAUCUGAAGAACAAAUUUGAACUA